CACUUUAUCGUGAAGUUAUUGAUGUUUCUAUAUAUGUAUACACACACACACACACACAUAUAUAUAUGUAUAAUUUUUAUAUUUGUUAUCUCUUAUCUAACAAGUGAAUGUGCACGUUUUUGUCAUACGUGACAUCCGGGUAAAUAAUUAUCUCCAAAUUCGUGCAAACGUCGUAUACGUUUUAUAUGUAUACCUUUAUAUACAACUAUACAUAAUCGAUUAAUGUUCUCUCCUGAUUUUUCCCCCCUUCUUUUGGAAAAAAAAUAAAUAUAAAUAACACAAUUUAUCAUGUUGGAGCCGUUGAUAGUAUUGACAGUUUUAAAUUGUUUAUUUAUGUUCAGCUCGACCGUGACCACGUGCGCAUUAUGGUGGCAAUAUCGACGUCAUCGUUGUUACGAUGUCAGAAAGGUUCCAUCAUCUCGACGAACUUGUAGAUCUCACAUAAGAAAAUCUAACAGCUGUACGAGUUGUCACGUUUCCAAGAAAAUUGUCCAAUCAAAGGUAGACGAUAGAAAUCACGUUUUUGGCAGCGGUAGAUCUUUUAUGAAUGCCGAUGAACAAUACAAGAAAAAAAUUUUGGACGAAACCAAACCUGCAAGCAAGCUUAGAUAUUUGUCCGAUUAUAAAAAGCAUAAAGACGAAAGAAGGAUACAUCCUUUUACCGAACCAUCAACCAAGCACAAAGAUUCGGCAAUUAGAAAACAAAUUUCUGAGGUAUCUGAUACGACCAACGAUACUAAGUCAACCGUGAUAAUGGAAUUCUCAACGGUACAAAAGAUCGUUCAACUCGUUGACAACAAUGGCGACAUAUCUAUGGCAAAAGUAACAGUUAUACCGGCGCGUGAUAUCAUCGAGAAGAACAAAAAAUUUGAUUUAGAUGUUGGAAAUAAAUUUGAGGAUGACAUUAGGACAGUCGAAAAGAUUUCACGUUCUACGGUACAUUAGAAAUAAUAUCUAC